AUGUUCAGUUUAACAAUGAUCGCGUUGUUGCUGAUAGCACUGGCCGCCUUGUCCCAGGGUGCUGUACUCAGAUCUGUACCCACAAUAGAUAACCCUUGUCAAGGUGACACAACUAGCACUGGGACACCCGUGUACUUGCCGAUCAAAGAUCAAAUUCAGCUGACAAUCACGGCAGCAAACAAUGCAGACACCACAAGCCAAACUUUCAAACAAGCUUUGGUAAGUAUGAUGUCUGUACUAACAGAAUCAGAUACAAACGGCCUGGAUGGACCAUUACAGAACGUACAUGGUCUGUCUAUGGCAGUAGGAGAACCAGCGGUUAGUGCAUCUAAUAACGUGACCUCACUCCAACAGGAUUACCAAGAUAUCUCUACCUACAUUAUGUAUCUACAGUUUUUCAAAACUUUACAGACGGCAACAGAUAAUGGCCAAUUCACUGAAGGAAUUGAUAAUGUUAAAAAUCAGUUUUACGCCUGGUUGUGCAGAAUAGAUACCACCCUGAGAGCUCAAAACAAGCCCAUGACCCAGUUCGUGGAUAAUUCAGCUGUUAAUGCCGAUGUAAAAACGUAUGCCACAAAUGGAGACAAGAAAAAUCGGUAUAGUUUAUAUUAUGUGGCCAUGAAGAACGCCCACGAUUGUAUUCAAAAUAAAAACCUGAAAUGGGCUACAUUUCUGCAAACAUUAAAUUAA